AUGAUUGCUUUAUUUUCUCUAUUCAUAACUUUAUAUGGAUAGGCAUUACAUUCAUCUUACAAUGUAUAUCUUACUGAAGGAGAAACCUAUUCUCUUCCUAUGAAAGAAUUAUUUAAGAAAUAUGUACAAAAUUUCACCAUUCAGGAUUGCCCUGAUAAUGUUCAAUUGUAUUAGACCUUAAACCUAUUAUCAGCAUAGAAUAAUAAUUUAACAUAUAUUUCUAUCUCAUCCACUCCCCCACACUUUCUAUUAAUUACUUCAGAAAAUACUUUAACUACUUAUCGUUGGAACUCUACAUAUAUAAAUCUUAUAAAUUAAGUUGUAUUACCAGAAUAAACUUGUUUUAAUACACUAUAAUUUUAAGAGAAUUUCAUCUUUAUUGACUGCUACAAUUUGACAAAUUUAAAUAUUUACGUCUAGAAUGGGAAUUCUUGGACUAUUGUUUACUCCAAUUAAAUUCAAUCAAUCCCAUAAAAAACAGACCUUAAGUCAUUUACUAGUAAUUCCAUUAAUUCUAUUCUUUAUGCAUAAUAUUAUGAUUAAUAUUCAAUUUUAACAGAAUUUUAGUUUGAUCAUACUUUAUUACAUAAUUAAUCAAAUUGGAAUACUGCUUUUGAUAACUUUAUAGUUUCUAAUAAACCACAAUCUCAGAAUACAAUUUACUUAUGGUAUUAACAUUUAUUCUAUCUUUUAAUUGUCACUCCAUAAGGGUUUAACCAAACAAAUUCAUACUAUUAGGACUUCUAAAUUAUGGAAGUUUAAAUAUUCUAUCCAUAAAUGAUGAUUUAUUAAUGUGAUAGUUUAUUAAUAAUUGGUAUUGGGGAGAUCUUUUAAUAUACCGUUUGUAAUUAGUAACUCACUUCAAACAUAUUAUCAUUAAAUUUAAUUUAGUGUAAUUUACCUUGCUAAGUUUUCCUUAGUAAUUAGUUCUUAAUUUUAUAAUUUUAAGAGAGAAUUGAGAUUUACGAAAUUAUUAAUUUCAAUUACUUAUUUAUUGGUGGCCUUAAAUUAAAUUCUUCAUUUAGUUAAGUAUCCUUUGAUUAUGAUAGCAAUUAGUUAUUUAUAUUUAGUGACACUCAGAUUUUAACUUACUUGAUUACUUAUCCUCAAUUAAAAUUCAAUUCUGAGCAGAAUUAAUAAAAUUAUCAAUUUAGUAUAAUUGGACAUCCAUAUGAGAUCAAUCAACCUAAUUUUUGGGACUAUUUGGAUUUUCAAGUAUAGUUAAAUGUCUAUGUUCUCAAUACUGAUGAUAAUGAAACAUAUUUAAUUUAUGAUAAGCCAGAGAAGUAACAUACGUAUGUUUUUGAUAAUCAAGGUUACGAAUACUUAAUGCCAGAAUUUUCUGGUUCCCUAAUAAGAGCAAAUUUUAAUGUUAUGAAUUCUAGUUUGGGAAACUUUAAUGAUAAUACAUUUAAGCUAAUAGGUUCAAUUAAUUAAACAUUCCUUAAUUUUCAAAUUCUGAAUAAGGAUGUCGCUGUUGGAAUAACAAACCAAACUAUAUGUUUACUAAAUAGAUGUAUUAAAAAUAAUAAUUAUAACUGUUUUCUUAUUGAUUGUAUAGUUCCAAACAAUUCUUUAAUAACUAUUAAGAAUAAUCAAAUUUAAGGGUAUGGUUUUUUAUUUGGAGUUUAGAUUAACUCAUAAUAAUUAUAUCUAAGUUAGAAUGGCUACCAAUAAUUUAUUUUAAAUUUUUAACCCUUUUAAUAAUUUUAUUUGGUGUAUUAAUCUAUUGUACUUCUACUUGAAUCGAACACAAUUUAGAUAUGUGAUUUAACUGGAGAUUGCACAAAUCUAACAAUUAAUAAUGAUAGUGUUAUUAAUUUUUUUCCAGUUGGAAUAUUUUUAAAUUAAUAAUCAUUCUCAUCUAUAUUAUUUAUUAAUAAUAAUUACAGCAGCGUUAUUAUUGGAUAGAUAAUAGAUUAGAAUAGUUAUAUUAUUAAAAGUAUUGUAAAUGUUGAGUCUGAAUUUUCGGAUAUGAAAAUUGUAAAUAAUCGUAUGAUCCUAAGUUAUAGUUGUUAAAGUAGUUAAUUAAUUUGUUUUUAAGUCUGGAAUGUUCAAAAUUUGAGCAAUCCAUUUUUUGAAAAACAUUUAAAUAGUAUUAAUAAUUCUAAUAACAUUCAAUUUUUUGCUGAUAAUCUUUUUUAUUAUGUUCAAACUAAUAAUUACACUUAUGCUUAUAAUCCAGCUAUGCUUGAACAUUCAUCAUAGUUUUAUAAAUUUAUAUCUAAUGGAUCCUAUUUUUCAUCUUUUUCAUCCGAAGGAGUUGUAUCCUUAAUUUCAUUUAAUUCUGAAAUUUAUUCAUUAUAUCCAGUUUUAACAUACUCUUAUUAGAGUAGGAUAAAGAAUACAAUAACAAAUCAAAUAAGUUUUUGGUCUAAUAUUUUUAAUGUUUCAAUUUAAUCUUAAAUUGUAACUUAAAAUUAACAAAUCAUAUUAUUGAAUGAUUUUUCAAAUAUUUAAUUGGAGAGUAAACAAUUUGAUGUUUAAAAUAGUCAUGUAAUAUUAAAAUCAGAUAAUAUUACUUCUAGUGGAUAAAUUGGAUGGUUUGGUACGAAUUGCGAAACUGGAUUCAAAAUUACAAAUAUUAUAACUGAAACAACAAUGAUUACUUUUAAAUGCGAUUAAACAACUGUGUCUAAUUAAUAAAUAUUAUGCUUAAGGGUUUUAACAAACUAUACUUUAUUUUCUUAUUACAACAUCUCUUUUUAGCUUUAUAAUAUUUCUUCAGCAGGGAAGCUGAUUAAUGGAUCAAAUAAAAUUAUUAGUCAAUCUUAAUGUUUAGAUAUUAUCAUCUAAAUGAAUGCUUUUUAUAUAUAUUUUAUUUGUUAUCUACCUUACCUAAAUAGUUAUUAAAAAUAGCUAUUUAGGAUCACUAUUACAAACUAAUCAUUAAGUAAUUUAACUUACUUGACUAGUUUUAAUAUCAAUGGUGAAUAGAUCAUACUUUAAGAUGAUAUCAUAUACAUUUAAAAUAACUAUCAGAUUAUUAUCUAUCAAUCAAAUUUUAACAUUACUUAAAGUAUUUUCACAAUAUGCUAAACCCGUAGUAUUUAGCAAUCAGUUUAUGAGCAAUAAAAUGAAUCUUAUUAUGCAAUUAUCUAUUUAUGUAAAGAUGAUGCAAAUUUAUAUUAUUUAUUAGGAAAGAGUAAAUUUUAAGAACAAAUAACUUUUAUUUAACCUAAAAAAAUAUCACUUUAAGAUUACUUUUAAUUUGAUGCUUAUAUUUUACAAAUUCUAGUACUUUCUUAAUAUUUCAACUAAUUAAAAAUGAUGUGCUUUAUGAAUGCAUUUACUAUAAUUAUCCAAUUAGAAUAUAGAAUCAAUUCCAACGAAUUUUCACUAUCUACUUUAAAAUUCUAACAAUUAUGGAAAUACUCUCCUUCAUUAUUUGAUUUACAUUAGUACAAUUUUAUUGGUGCUACAAUCUCUUGUAAUUUAGUAAUUGUAGGUUAUUUAAAACAUCCCUAUGUACCAAGAUAUGUUAUUUACAAUGUAUCUGAUUUUCAUCUUUAAGAAUUUACAUUUGAAAUUUUACUUUCAUCAGUGUCUUAAUUUGUAAAUGUCAUAGCGAAUUUCUAAUAAUUCUAAUUACCACAAAUUAUCACAUUUAAUAGUUCUUAUGGGUUCUUAUUGGAGGAUUUCCAAACAUAUAAAAUAAGUAGCUUUGAGAUUGAAAUCUACCUUUAAAGUAAAAAAGUUGAAUGCCAAUUAAUUGCUUAUAAUUUUAUAAAUAACAAAACUGCUAUAUAUAAAUUUAAUUAUAAACCAUAGACGGAAUUUGGAUUUGAAUAUGCUUUGUUAGCCUUUUUUAUUAUAGUUAUUAUUGCUGCAGUAAUACUAUUUUGGCAUAGAACAAAAGAUUAGAAAGAAUAAUUUGGAUUAGAAGAAUUUGAAGGAUUAGAUGUUGAUACAAUCUCAUGA